GUGAACAGAGGAGGGGUGGAGGAAGGCUGUGACUAAAGCAUGUCACUCAGAGAGGACUGAGCGUUGUGUGGAUCUCACUUGAUAUUUUCACCAGGCAGCGUUGAGGACAGGACGUAGGAAAAGUGCUCACAGGAAGAGUGCUAGUUGUGUGGAGCUGGCAAAGACACACAGGAAUACAAAGAUUCCAAAGUGCAAGGACGACUCUUUCAGCUCUACUAGUUCAGUCAAAAGAGCGACAGAGGAAAGAGAGAUGUCAAGUGCAAUUUUGAGACGAAACUCCAGCAAGCAAGGCUUGCAGAACCUCCUCAGAGUGACGGCUCAGCGCAGUAUUGAGGAUGCGGAAGAGAUUGAGAGGGAGCGACGACGCCGGGCCCGAGAGGCUCUCAGAAAGGAUCACAGUAUCACCGGAUCAGCCGGAUCUCCUCUGGACAGCUCUGGACCCACUGAGGAGAGUCUCUUUGAGAGUGAACUGAAACCCAGUGGCUCUGGUACACUGGAAGAGGAUGAAGGUUUCAGUGACUGGACUCAGAGGCUGGAGAGGGGCAGACGGAUCAGGCAAGAAGAAAAUGACCCUAGAGAGGAGGACUUGGAGGUGGAAAGAACCAUGAAUGGAGGAAGCAGAAGAGAGGAGAUUAGCUCCACUGUACUAAAUCUACAGCAUAAGGGACAAGGCGAAGUGGAAGAAGUGGUGGACUACAUGCCAGGGAGGAAGAGCAGUGAGAAGUGCAUGUUGUUUGGAGAUAAGACAGGUAGCCUUAGGGCCAGAGAGACACCAGAAUGGAAGGAAGAAUUAAUCAGAGUUAACAUGAGACAAGAGGAGGAGCCAAGGCCUCAUGUGGAGGAUAAGGUGAAAGAAGUGAGAAAAGAAGUGAAGGUCUCAUAUACAUCUAAAGUCUUCCUGCAGCAAGAUAGAACACCCAGCACCAACAGUGAGGAUCCUGCUGGAGAGGAAGUGACAUCACAUCUGCUCAAAACUAGAAAGACUACAAGCAGGAUCGUAGGUCAGGGCUUAGAGUCAAGGGAACAGGCAGGGGCCAGUCUGGAGACAGAGCAGAAGUUGGAGAAGUUUCGGCGGAGCCACCAGGAAAAGGAGAGCCAGGAGCUGGAACAGCUUCGCCAGCGGCAAGCUGAGGCUGAGGUGGAGCUGGAGGAGCUCAAGAAGAGGAGAGAGGAACGCAGAAGAGUGCGUGAGGAGGAGGAGCGCAGGAAGGAAGAGGAAGAGCAGCAGCGUCUGGCAAAGGAGGAGGAGGAAAAGAAGCAGAUGAAGGAGGAUAUUGAGAGGAGAAGGAUGGAGGCAGCUGAAAGGAGGAUGAAGAGCCUGAAUAUGUCCUCCCCAGAUGGGGAUGAGUCAUUCAACCCUCUCAGUCCAAAGAGCCCCACUUUCAAGAGAGAGCACGAAGAGAGAUUGACAGCUGAAAGUACAUGCUCGAUCAUGGACAGAACAGAGUCCUUGAAUCGGUCCUUAAAGAAAAGCAACAGCUUUAAGAAGACUCAGCCACCGCUACUCCUGUCUAAGAUCGAUGACAAACUGGAGCAGUACACUCAUGCUGUGGAGAGCUUGUCAAAAGAAGCAAAGCCGCCCAAGUCAGCUGCACUGGACAUGCCCAGUGUUCCUGAACCAGUGGUUGCCAAAAAGAACCUGUUUGAGGCAGGAGAGGCCUGGAACCAGGGCGCAUCCAAAGGAACUCCAUCAAAGGACACUGAUGGACUGAAGGUAGGUGUGGCUGAUCUGAUCACUCAGUGGGUAAAAGGAAGCCCAGAGGGCGGCAACAGAUACGCACAGUCCAGACCAUGUGAUGUUAAAGCAGGAGAUGUGCUCCAGAAGAAGAACAUGUGGGAGAUCAUAGGCGAAGGAUCAGCAACUGGGCGGUCAGGACAAGCAGGGAAGGGCACCUCUUCUGGCAAACGCUACAAGUUUGUUGUGACCGGCCAUGGCAAAUAUGAGAAGAUUUCCAUUGAUGAUGACCAUUACAGUGACUAUCCAAAUGGAAAAUCAAGGGACCUGUGCCACGAUGACUUGUAAACGCCUGUUGCAUACGUCCAAGUUAUGGUGAUUUGGAUGCUUUACAAGGACCCUUUGUUUAUUGCAGGGUUUACAUUCACAUGCAUAAAUAACUUUCAUUCAUUAAGAUACAUGUCUAGCAGCAGAUUUUAGUAUAGGGUGGGUCUUGUUGAUUUUAUCAUUUGCAUCACAUAUAUAGCUAUAUUACUGUGUCAUGAAGCACAUGAUGUUUACAUCACUUUCUCACCAGUCCUUGUUUAAAAUGUAUCCACACAUGUUUCCAGACCACAAAUCAGAUUCUAAAGUAUACUGUUUUCUUGGUAUGGUUAUGUAUAUGUAAAUAGGAUGUUAGAAGAAAUAAAAAGAUCAUUGUUAUAUUUUGGAGUUAGACCCAACCCCAGAUAUUGCGGAUGGACUAUGGUUUGGAGCCAAACAGUAAAGUUGGGCUUUUUGAAGUUUGUUUUAUGUAUAAAAUAAAUACUAAAAAAUAGAGAUAGGUUCAAGCCUUUCUCCAGUAAGCGACACUGGUAUAUGGGGUCCAGUUCGUCACUGAGCAUAUUCAACUAUGGUUAAGAAAUCUCCUUCGUUUAAACCUGAACACUGGAGUUAAUCCACUUUACUAUAUUUAUGAAAAACAUUUCAUUUCAAUGAUGAUCAUUUUCACCACUAGUCUGCUCCAUGCAGUAUCACAACAUAAAAGAUUUCCCUGUUUUUCUUUAAAAUAUAUAUUUUGAUUGUUCUACCAAUGAAACCCUUUUCUAUUGUACUAGUAUUUUGUUUAAUAAAUUUGACCUUUUUAUUAAUAAAUUC